AUGGACGACGAGGAUGAGCUUCUCAUGCUCUACGAUGGCCCUACCGUUGUGCUCGAGGAUCGGGAUGUACGUUCGAUCGCGAAGUACAUGAAGUCCCCACAGUGCAAGCGAGUGUUUGUGAUACUUGGUUCAGGUGUCAGUGUGGCCUCCGGAAUCCCAGACUUCAAAUCGCCAAAGACAGGACUAUAUGCCAGCCUCGCCCAACUCAACCUCCCCUACCCCCGCGCAGUCCUCGAGCUCAACUAUUUCCGCUUCAACCCGCUUCCAUUCUACAAAUUCACGCGCGAGCUGUAUCCGCGCCGAUUCCGGCCCACGCUCACCCACAGCUUCGUGAAGCUCCUCGCAGACCGCGGGCUCCUGCAUACGUGCUUCACGCAGAACAUCGACACGUUGGAGCGGCAGGCGGGGAUCCCCCCGGAGCAACUCGUUGAGGCGCAUGGCUCCUUCGCGUCGCAGCGCUGCAUCGACUGCAAGCGGCCCGUCGAUGACGAGCGCAUGCGCGCGGCGCUCGAGGAGGGCAGGGUGCUCUACUGCGAGAAUGCGGCCUGCAAGGGGCUGGUGAAGCCCGACGUGGUCUUCUUCGGAGAAUCAAUGCCUGAAGCGCUCGCGGGCUCGAUGCCCAAGAUCGACAGCGCGGACCUGCUCUUCGUGGUCGGCACCUCGCUCACCGUGCAGCCCUUCGCGAAGCUGGCCGCCCUCGCUCCUGCGCACUGCCCACGCGUGCUCAUCAACCUCGAUUUCGCGGGCGACAUCGGCAUGCGCCCGGACGACGUGCUCCUCUUCGGCAAGUGCGACGACGUCCUCCGCGACCUCGCGCGCGCGCUCGACUGGGAAGAGGAUCUGGACGCGGAGUGGGUCAAGACCGCGCUGUCACCGGACGCUGCGCCGCCGCCGUUCCCCGUCCCGGAGAACGUGAACGUGCUGCGGGCGGUCGCGCCACACGAACAAGUAGAAAUGGGCAAGGCGGGGUCGCCGGGCACGAACACACCGACGUCCGCAGAGUGGGCUGAGAAGCUCGUCGUCACCGAGUCGCUCUCGGAGCGACUCCGGAUGGCGCUGGAGUCGUCAGAGAAGAUCGUUCCCCUCCUUGAGGACGCAGCGGUGGCGUUCGCCGCGCGGACGCUGAGCGCGGAGGAGCUCGUGUGGGCGUCGAACGUUGCGUGCGAGUCGCCUGUAAAUGAUGGUUUACUCGGUGUGGGCGUGCCGGCGAUAGCGGUGAUGAGCGAGUCUUGA